ACUCCGCCCGCCACACGUGAAGCGACGCCCUGCGACCUUCGUUGGCCGAUGCGACCUCGUGCACGCCCGGACAGCUGUUCCUCUCUGGUCCAUUCGCACGCCACAAUCUCUCGUGUCUGUAGGAUGCGCAGAUAGACAGGGGGAGCACCACAAAGAAUGUCGCUGCUCUCGCUCCGCGACGUCGUCUUCUACUACCUCCUCGGUGGCGUCACCUUUCUGCCGUUGUGUGUCGCCGGCGUCCUCGUGCACUUCUACCUCUUUGCGCCGCGCUACCAGCCCCACGGCUCGUCGUCGUCGUCGUCCGGAUCGAGCCUCGCUGGCCAGGAUGACUCGCAGGGGCAGUCACUGUCGGAGCAGGACCUCUCGCCCGAGCUCAAGAGACGCGCGCUGGACCUGGCCGUGAGCAAUGCCGAGGCGCAACGCGAGGCCGAAAAGGCGAGCCAGGCCGAUGCCGCAUUGGGCUCUUCGACGGCCCCGGCGGCGGCCAAGCGUCUCAAGCCCGCACCGAGGCCAGCGCCCAAGCCCCACCGCGCAGGAUGGCUGACUGUCCGGCGGCAAUUCGAGGCCGACCAUGCGGCGACGAUGACGCAGCAGAGCGCAGCGGCGCAGCAGGCCGCCAAUGGCCAGGCUGCCGCCCAUGACGCUUCUUCUUCGUCAUCAGCAGCGCACGAAAAAGGACCGGGAUACAUGAGCAUGGUGUACCGCGGCAUGCUCAACUACCGAAGCAAGCGUGGAAAGCAGGGUGGUGGAGCAGGGGCAGGGGCAGGUGAAGGAGGCCCAUCAGCCGCGGCCAGUGGGGCGACGGCCGCCGCCGAGAACGGCCAUGGAGCUGUGGCUGGCCACGGUGCAGGAGCAGCAAAGGACAAGGGCAAGGCGACGACGCACGCCGCCCUGGCGCAAGGCGCGGGCGCAGGACCUGCGGGGACAGGGACGCGGGAGAGGGAGGCCUUCCACUGCAUCCUCAAGGGCCCCGUCCUCUACCUCUACUCGUCCGACGACGUCAGCGACCCAAACACGGAAUGCCAUGCGGCCAUCGACAUGCGCGACAAGCGCGUGAGCCUCUACCUCGCCGCUUUUGGCGACACGCUCGGCGAGCCCGGCGAGGACGAAGACGAGAACGGGAACGAGAAGGAGAAGGAGGGACGCGAGGCUGGUCCAGGGCAGCACUCGGGCAGCCAUGAUGGGCCGGGAGAGGGCGAAAGCUGGGCGAAAAAGGAGUGGAAGAAGGCAGGAAAGGCCGUGGUCAAGGACGACGAGCUGUUCACCAAGCGCAACGCCGUCCGCAUCGUCUCGACGGGCGCCUCCUCGCGCUCCAGCUCCUCGUCGCGCCCCUUGCAACAGCAGCAGCAGCGAAGAAGGAAGCGCUUCGCCCAGUGGUUCGUCUUUGCAAAGAGCGCCACCCAGCUCGAGGACUGGUACCACGCCCUGCUCCACGCCUCGCUCCUGCCUGGCCUCGACGAAGGCGCUUCCUCGUCGUCGUCGUCGUCAGCAGCCGCGGCGAGGGCUGCCGUCGAUGCGACAGAGGGCGACCCGCUCCUCGGGCCCGUUUUCUCGCCCCUCGACAUGGUCAGCCUCUUGACGUCGCUCGACACGCUCCCGGACCCCAUUCCCCUCCGCUGGCUCAACGCCAUGGUCGGCCGCGUCUUCUUCAGCAUCUACCGUACGGCGUGGAUCGAGGACUACAUCAGCCGCAAGAUCAUGAAGAAGAUGUCGCGCGUCAAGACGCCCGGCUUCCUCAGCGACUUUCGCGUCCGCGAGGUCGACGUGGGCCGCAGCCCGCCUGCAUUCAGCAGGCCGAUGCUCAAGAGCCUGACGGGCGACGGCGAGGCCAGCAUGGAGGUCGGGCUGCAUUACACGGGCAAUCUGCGACUGACAAUCUCGACGGUGCUCACCAUCUCACUCGGCUCGCGCUUCAAGCCGUACAAUGUCUCGCUCGUGCUUGCCGUGAUUCUGAACUCGCUCGAGGGCAACCUGCUGCUGCACAUCAAGCCGCCGCCGAGCAACCGCAUCUGGUUUGGCUUCACCAAGCUGCCAAAGAUGGACAUCUCCGUCGAGCCCGUCGUGAGCGAGCGUAAGGUGCAGUGGAGCAUGGUCAAGCGCCUCAUCGAGAGCAGGAUCCGGGAGCUCUUUGUCGAGUCUGUUGUCGUGCCAAACAUGGACGACAUUGCCUUUUUCGACACGCGCGCCCUCCCGCGCAGGGGCGGCAUCUGGGCCGAUGCGGCCAAGCGCAGCGAUGUUGCAGCGACCGCAACGGCAGCCGCAGAGAGGCAGAAGCAGCAGCAGCAGCAGCAGCCACAGACGAAUGAAGAUGAUGCAGCGGCGGCGGCAGCAGCGCCAAAGUCGAAAAGCACGCCGGCGUCCAUGCUCGAGGUGCCCCUCGACGACUCAUCGGGCACGAGCACGCCUGAGCUGGGCAAGAGCAGCUCGGCUGAUGCCAUGGCGGGCAUGAGCAGCAUCGAUGCGCACCUCCGCAGUCGUCGUGCUGCUCGCACCGAGGGCGAAAAAGCCACACUGGCGAGCCAGGACGGGAACAUGGCCAAGCGGGCCGAGAAGACGGCACCGCCCUCGCUCAGCUCGUCGCCCUCCUCGGCCGCCGUCGCAGGGCUCUCGACGCUGCUUGCACGCGAUCAGGCCGCCAGCUCCCAUGCCCUGUCCGACGAGGCCCAGACAGGGACCUCGCUCCUGAGCUCCUCGCCGUCGAGGCCUGCCUCUUCCUCUUCCUCGUCAAGGACGACGCAGCAGCAGCAGCAGCAGCAUGGCCACAGAAAAUCGUGGUUCGGCGGUGCGAGGCCACCGGCGCCGCAGCCCGGCUCCGAGGGCAACCUCGUGGGCAGGGGAAAGGGGCCCCAGAGCAGUUUGGCCUGGGGAAGCGCCAGCCUGAGCAUGCCGCCAAGCGGCCACGCCACCCCUGCGUCUGUGCCUGGUCCUGCGCCUGGUCCUGCGUCUGCUGUGCCUGCCCCUGGUGGUGCUGCAAGCGAUGUAGACGGCAUGAGUGAGGCCAGAGAGCAGGGGCAUGUCAAGGGCACGGACAGCGUCUCUUCGAUGGGCACCGAGGAGAGCGUUAGCACGGACCAGCUUCACGACGGACUGGCCGCUGCACUGCAGCACGAAGCAAAGCAAGAGGAGGACGAGGAGCAUGACGACCUGUCUGUCGCAGUUCCACAUCUGUCGGUCAACGACGUCGAUGACGAGGCUAGCACGCCGCUGGCCGAGUCUAAAAGCGAGGAGGCCAUGCUGGCCUCGGGCGACGACACCCUGACAGACAGUAGACCGUUUCCCACCUCGGCAGCAAGCGUGGCGCCUGCUGUUGCUGGACACGACGCAGACCGGGACAACGAGACGCAGGCAGACGCACGGCCUCGAAGGCCGAGCAGCGUGUCCAAGAGGGCGGGUGGACACGGCUUUGCGCCGCCGCCCCAGCGGGCCGUCUUGACGACGACGAGCAAUCCAUGGCAGCCGCCGUCUUCAUCGCCUGCUCCUUCGAUUGCGUCUUCGCGUUCAACGUUGAGCAGCACCGACGCGGCAGCCAAUCUGUCUGCGCUGCAUCAGAGCCGCUACGCUGUGCCCUCGAGCGACUCGGAUAGCGUGCGCUCCUCUUCGUCGCCCGGGGCAGGAUCGACGGGGCAGACGCAGACCUCGUUGUUAUGGAACAAGGCAAAAGCCAGUAUGGCCGACAAGGAGAGCAGGCAGCAGGCCGCAAAGGAGGCAAAGGACGCCAUCAAGCGUGGCUGGGCCACCUGGAAUGCACAGCGCCGAGGCACGGGACAACAGCAGGGCGCCACCUUCGCUGCCGAUGCUCCCGUCCUCCACACACCGCCGGCGUCGUCUUCGGCCGCAUCCACGCCCGACGAAGGACGGAGGAGGAAGGCAAGCUGGCUGGCAAGCAGCCCACCGGACCCGGCUAGCAUGGGCGCAGGCCUCGAGCCCUCACCAGAAGAGAAGACGACGCCGCUGCCGCCCUCGGCACUCGCACCGCCGUCGCUGGUUCCUCCGCAGAGGAAUAGGCGCCUGGUCGGAGGGUCGCCGUCGACAUCGUCAUCCGUCUCUUCCGCGUCUUCCAGGGACAUCUCCCCUUACUCUACAGCAACGACCGAGGGUGCUGGCGUCGACACAGACACGGCGAGCAUUGCGAGCUCGGGCACGGGAAGGGCUGCAAACUACAAGGAGCACCGCGCGACAAAGGAGCGCGCCUCAUCCAGGCCCUCGUCGCGGCCCUCGUCGAGGGCUUCUUCGCGGCCCACGAGCGUCGAUGGGCGCAACCAGAGCUGGAAUGCAAGCGUGCCUUCAAUCACCACGCCUGUUCCUGCGGCCAUGGCGGUGCAGAGGAAGCACGACAACACCCAGGCACCAUCUGCCACUGUCACUGCCACCGUCGCAUCGCCUGCCUCUACCUCGGCGUCCCCGUCGAGGCGGCAGUCGACGACACAGCCAUCGCUGGAUGUAGCCGAUGUGCAAGCGCAAGACGCCAUGACGAGCACCAGCGGGGUGGUCGGCGACAAGAGCGUCGCAGUGGCGGCCGUCGCAUCUCCGGAAGAAGGAGCCACGGCACAGCAACCGCAGCGCGCCUCUUCCCUGUCGCCGAUUCCCAAGCAGGCCACGCUCGAGUCCUCGCCCCAGCGCGGCUCCUCGUCCACCUCGUCGCCCUCGAGCACACCACUGAUGGGCCCGUUGCACGCCACCCCCUCAGCCUCUCCAGACACGAGUGCGAGUGCAAAGGGGAUCAAGACACAGCCGAUGCGCGCCACAAUGAUGGCCGUCCCGGGAAUCCCGUCGAUGCAGAAGAGCGCGGGUCCUCAGUCAAUCAGCGGCGAGCCACCUGCGCCACCUCCUCUUCCCUCUUCUUCCUCCUCAGAGGCACUGACGAGCAGUCCGAGCCUGAGUGCGGGAAGCUUUGGUGGGAUGCUGAGGAAGAUUCCGUUUGGUAUGUCGCCGACGGGCUCGGCCAAUGUGCCUCUGCCGGCACAGGCGCAGGCGCAGACGGUAUCGGGCAAGGAAGCCGAGAAGGUUGAACCGCCGUCGACGAGCAUCGAAGCCGUCCUGCCGACCGCUGCGAAGGAGGAUGAGAAUGUAGUCGCUGAGUCGCUGCAAGAGCAAGGACUUCAGCAAGGACUUGGACAGGACCAGGAAUUGGGAGGCGGCUCCUUGGGUCUGAGCAGUACAGCGCCAGCUCCACCGCCUGUCGCUACCUUGAGUAGCCUUGCUGAUGUCAGUACUCUAGCGGAGGAGCCAGCAAAGACGGACACGACGCCCAAGAGGAGGGUCCCGCCGCCUCCACCGCCUCCCAGGAAGCCCUCUUUGCAAGUCAGCGCCGAUCCCGGGCCCCAAUCUCCCUGAUUGGUGAUGUUGUAUCUGCCCGUUCAUUACUCAACAUGUCUUUUACUCAUCUUCCGGUGCAAUGCGCGACCUUGUUCAGCCUUCUGCGCUUCUGGUCUGAUUCAUCUCCGUCGCUUGACUUGAUAGCAAGGACAGACUGAGGGAAUGGCUUGCGAAGCUCCGAGAAGAUAAGUUAUUGCAAUUGAAUAUAGAGCAAAAGGAAGAAAAAGAAGGAGAGAGAAGCUCGUCUAGAACGAGUGCUCGGUCGAGUCGCCGCCCAUGGC